AUGAGCCAAGAGAGAAAUAAUAGUACCUCGUCUGCAGAAACAAAAUACUCUCAAGACAAGCAUAUCAAGUUUGAAGAGGGUAAUGGACCAAAAUAUUCUGAGAAAACUGUCCCCACAACACCAACUGAAAGUAUACAUACAGUUGUCGGAAAUCAACCAGUCGAGGCCAAGGAACUUGCUGAUAAGUUAGGAGAUGCACAUUUCAACCAACUACCAACGUCACAAAUCAUUACCAUCCUACUAACUUUAUCUUUGGCCAACUUUGUCAGUUUUGCUGAUCAGACUGGUAUUACUGUAGGUCUUUCGGAAAUAGGUAAGGACUUGAAUGCCCAACAACUGAUUAACUGGGCCGGUUCCGCUUCCUUAUUGGCAAACACAGUUUGUCAAGUAUUGUUUGGUAGAUUAUCGGACAUUUUUGGCAGAAAGAAUGUCAUCAUUACAUGUCUCAUGAUAUUGUGUAUUGGAGAUAUUGCUUGUUCUGUUGCUCGCAAUGGUAUUGAGUUCUUUGUCUUUAGAGCAUUGGCCGGUAUUGGAAACGGUGGUGUUUCGAGUUUAUGUAUGGUUAUCUUGAGUGACAUUGUCUCACUCAAAGACAGAGGCAAAUACCAAGGAAUUUUGGGAUCAAGUGUGGGAUUAGGUAACGCAAUUGGUCCAUUUAUCAUGUCGGGGUUCAUCAAGCAAUCAAGUUGGAGGAGCUACUACUACUUUCUUGCACCAGCUGCCUUUUGCGUCAACAUCGUUUUAUUCUUUUCAUUGAAGAAUAACAAGAAGUUCGACGAUGUCAUUUCAAGAAAGGAAAAGUUCAAGAACAUUGACUACUUUGGUAUUCUUAGUGCAACUGCUGGAUUGACCUUGAUCUUGGUUCCUUUAAAUGGCGGUGGUGUCACUUACUCUUGGAACAGCACCCUUGUGAUUGUUAUGUUCACCAUCGGUGGCGUCUUUAUGAUUUUGUUUUUGGGCAUUGAAGGCAAAGUAGCUAAGCUUCCAAUGGUUCCAUUGAGAUUGUUUAAGAACUUGUCUUUGUGCUUGAUUUAUUUGGCAACUUUUUGUUUUGGUGCUGCAUACUAUAGUUUUACCUACUAUUUGCCAUACUACUUUCAAAUUGUCAAGGGCAAAGAUGAACUCCACACAUCCAUAUUUUUGUUGCCCUUGGUGUUGUGUCAGGCCGGAUUUUCGGUAGUUGCUGGUCAACUAAUCACCUUCACUGGACAUUACUUUUAUGUGGUGGUAGCCGGAUAUAUACUUUGGUGUUUGGCCUGUGGUCUUUUGCUUCUUUGGAAUGCUAGCUUACCUGAUGGAAUCAAUGUAUUGAUCUUGUUGAUCAUGGGAACGGGUGUUGGUUUUUCGUUCCAACCUUCGAUGGUGGCAGUUCAAGCUAAUUGUAAGAAAGCUGAAAGGGCAGUUGCUAUUUCGACUAGAAACGUUUUGAGAUCUUUAGGUGGAUGUGUUGGUAUUGCCGUUGGAUCGACCAUUGUCAGCAACUCCGUCCUUGGCUCUUUGAACAACCUUAAUUCGAAUACAUCCUUGACCCAACUGACCAUAGAUUACGUCAAGGGACAUAUAUAUAACAAGGUUGAUGUGAGCAGCUUGUCAGUUGCCGAAACCAAGGAAAUCAGAGACAUUUACACCAAAGCCUUGAGAAAUUAUUUCUACUUGUUGAUUCCGCUUAUGGCUAUAUGUGUGGUGACGACGAUCUUUGUCAAGGAUAACGGAUUGUGUAGCCUUGACGAAAGGCCACCAGCUAAGAAGAAGGAAGAUUUGGAGUCAUCUGCCAGUUCAAUGACAUUAAAAAAUUAG